AUGGGUUCAAGAUCUGAUAUCAUUGAAUCUGUUCUAUGUGGUUCGCUGUUUCCUGUGGAAUUUUCAAUCAGUGUUAUUGUUAAACAUUGGAUUGGAAUUUUCUCUGGAUUUGAUAAAGUAGAGGUAAAAGCUCUUGAAAAAAUACUGGAGCAGAAACAAAGGAUACAACAAGAGAUGCAGAAGUAUCUGUCUUUGAGGCAGAUGAGUCAGGAUAAAGAUAUUCCAGAGGUGCAAAAGAAGAUUCUUUUCUGUUUCAGAGUAAUGUCCCGUUCAUUUGCUGACCCCAUAAAAGCUGAAGAGAGUUUCCUCAUUCUGGAUCAAUUGAAAGAUGUUAAUAUCUGGAAGAUUUUGACGAAUCUUGUUGAUCCAAAUACUAGCCUACAUCAAGCUCGUACCUACCGGGAUGAUUUACUUAAAAUACUUGGCGAAAAACAUCGUCUCUAUGAGUUUUUGAAUACCUUCUCUGUGAAGUGCUCUUAUCUGCUUUUUAACAAGGAGCAUGUAAAAACAAUUCUUCUAGAAACUACAGUUCAAAAAUCUGCUGAAAAUGCUCAGCAUACACAAUCUUGCAUGAAUAUAUUGGUGAUAAUUGCCCGUUUCAGUCCAUUGCUCCUCCGCGGCAGUGAGGAGGAGCUGGUGAAUUUACUGAAAGAUAAUAAUGACACAAUCAAGGAAGGUGUUCUAAAUGCUUUAGCAAAGGCUGGUGGUACUAUUCGUGAACAACUUGCACUCACAUCAAGUUCUGUAGACCUUAUAUUGGAGAGACUAUGCUUAGAAGGCAGUCGAAGGCAGGCAAAAUAUGCUGUCCAUGCACUGGCUGCAAUAACAAAGGAUGAUGGCCUCAAGUCUCUCUCUGUUCUAUACAAGAAACUUGUAGAUAUGCUGGAAGAUAAAACACAUCUGCCUGCAGUUCUUCAGUCUCUGGGGUGUAUUGCACAGACAGCAAUGCCUGUCUAUGAAACCAGAGAGAAGGAAAUUGAAGAAUUUAUACUAAAUGAGAUUCUGAAAAGUGAUAAUAAAGAGGAUAACCCGAAAACCUCUUGGGAUGGUAAAAGCGAUCUUUGCAUGUUGAAGAUAUAUGGCAUUAAAACAUUUGUGAAGAGUUACUUGCCAGUCAAAGAUGCUCAUGUUCGUCCAGAUAUUGACAGGAUUCUGGAUAUACUUAGGAAUAUUUUACUAUAUGGUGAAAUAUCAAAGGAUCUAAAAUCAAGUUCAGUUGAUAAGGCCCAUUUGAAGCUUGCUUCUGCAAAGGCAGUUCUCCGUUUGUCAAGACUUUGGGAUCACAAGAUACCUGUUGAUCUUUUCCACUUAGCUUUAAGGGUGUCUGAGGUUAGUUUCCCUCAAGCUAAGAAGAUUUUCUUGAGUAAAAUUCACCAAUAUAUCAAAGACCGCCUUUUGGAUGCCAAAUAUGCAUGUGCUUUCUUAUUUAACAUAUUUGGGUCCAAACCAGAUGAGUUUGUAGAGGAUAAACAGAACCUGGCUGACAUUAUUCAAAUGCACCACCAAUUGAAGGCACGCCAACUUUCUGUGCAAACAGAUGCAAAUUCCUUGACUACUUACCCUGAGUACAUUCUUCCAUACCUAGUUCAUACACUUGCUCACAAUUCAUGUCCCAACGUUGAUGAGUGCAAGGAUUUUGAAGCAUAUGAUGAUAUAUACCGAAGUUUGCCUUUGACAGAUCUACAGCAGUUUCACUUAAUUCUGUCAAUGCUACUGCAAAGAGAUGAAGAUGUCAAAUCAGAAAUAACUACUGACAAAGAGAAGGAAAUUAUAUCUACUAUAGCUUGUAUCUUUCUUAGUAUAAAGCAUUCUGAAGAUAUGGUUGACACGUCGAAGUCAAAGAUUUCCCAUGCAUUAUGUGACCUUGGUUUAGCAAUAACCAAACGCUUAGUGCAGAAGGAUGUUGAUUUGCAAGGAUUGUCGCAUUUGGUUUCUCUACCUCCAAUGCUAUACAAAACAUCCGAGAAGGAAGGAGAUGACACUGGGGUAACUGAAGUUAAAAGUUGGUUGGCUGAUGAAAAUGCCUUGACUUACUUUGAAUCUCUUGAACUAGAAAUGGUUCAUUCCCAAUCAGCAGAGAAUGAAUCUUCAAAGGAUGAUGAAAAAGACGUAAAUGAAAUACCACUUCGAAAGAUGUUAAAGCACGUAAAAUCUCAAGGAACCACUGGCAAAAAGGUGAAAAGGAAUAAGUCUGUGCCAGCGGAAACAAAAAAAGCUGAAAAUGAUUUUGACAUCUUAAAUAUGGUCAGACAAAUUAAUGUGGAUAACUUAGGGACGUCUUCUAAUUUGGAACCAAGUAAUGGUCAUGAAAAUUCUUUGAGUAAGAAGGAUCCAGAGUCUGCACCUGGUAAAAAGAGAAAAGCUAGAGAAACAACACCUGUUCCAGUGCCUAAACGUCGGCGGUCUUCAUCUACUCAUGGAAAAUUGAGAUUAUCAACUAGUAUAUCAAAGGCAUCUCGAAGAGUUUCAGGUGAAGGAUCCCCUCAACCCAAAUUUCUACUGGAUGAAGAAGCUAACCCUGAUGCAGAUAGCAAAACCAUCCAGAGAACAAUGGUCAAAGGCAGUGAAAAAGAUUUGUUAUUAUCCUCAUUAAAACAAAAGGUUAAAGGUUCUGAAGGUUACCAUAAUGAUGAGUUGAACAAACCUGAUGAGCAUGACAUGAUGAGUCCUGAUAGUAUACAACUGAGUGAUAAGACUGUAAGUAACAUUAACAAGCCUUCCAUAGGGUCAACUAAAAAGGGUAAAAGAAAAAGUAUCGCAGGAAUGGCUAAGUGCACGACAAAGGGAGAUGAAAUUGAUACUGAAGAUCUAAUUGGUUGCAGAAUUAAAGUUUGGUGGCCUAUGGAUAAGAAAUUUUAUGGAGGCACCAUUAAGUCCUAUGAUCCUUUGAAAGGGAAGCACGUGAUAUUAUAUGAAGAUGGAGACGUUGAAAUACUCCGUUUGGAAAAGGAGCGCUGGGAGCUUAUUGACAAGGGCCGCAAAUCUACCAAGAAGAUGAAACUAUCUUCACUUGAAGCUUCUGGGCAAAAGCACAAAGGUUCAAGUGGCUCAUCAAGAAGUAAAAAGGCAAAACAAAUAACCAAUGGUAAGCAAUCUCCCAACAGACCUGUAAAACGUGCAUCAAAAAAUAAUUUCCAUCGUGAGGAUGCCAAAGAGACUUCAGAGAUAUCAAAUGCUGAAGUGACCACAGCCUCUAAGGCCAAUGAGAUGUACUCAGGUGGUUCAGAAGAGGAAUUGACUGUAGGGUUUGAGGAAAUUACGACAACGGAGAAUAAAUCUACCAAACAUACAAAAUCAGGUUCCAGAGGAAAGAGGCUAAAGAAAGAGAAGAACUUUCAUUAUACAGAAGAAUCGGAUGAAGAGAAGAAGCAGAAUUAUGGUGAGAGGAUUUCUGAAGAGAAAGAGAAUGUCCCACAUGGUAGUUCUGAAGAGAGAGAAUUGGAUGAAUCAAGUGGAGCUUUGAGGGAAAAUAUUAAUGGAGAAGAAGUAUCAGAUUCCGAAGGGCAUCAGGAUAACAGCGAUGCUGGAAGUAGUGCUAGAGAAAUGGAGAAAUCACGUAUAAAGAAGUCAAAAAUCAAAGCUGAGAUUUCUGAUGACGUGCCUCUGAGUAAAUGGAAACGCAGGAUGGGGAAGAAAAGCUCACUGAAAGAACAAUGA